GAACAAUUUUAUUUGUGAAUGCCAACGCCAUCCUAUUUAGGAACAGAUGGCAUUGAAAAUUAGCGAUUAAAGCUUAAAACCUUCUAUGGUGGAGACAUGGAGAGCAAUUCAAGGAACUUAAGGAGUCAAGUAGGAAAACCUCCGAUUCAAAAGCUGCUGUGCAGACUGUGCGAGUGUCCAACGUCGGACGGGCACGUCCUCGCGUCGCAGGUGGACAGGUUCAAGCUGAGGAAAUGGGCCAUGGAGGUCAUGAACCUGACGGAAGAAGACGAAAACUUGCCGGACGUGGUCGAAGAAGACUCUUUGAUCUGCUAUUUUUGCAUCUGGCAGGCCGAGUUUGGGGAUGAGUCUGGAGACGAGGCUGUCGCUUGGUGGCCGAAAAACCUUGAUUUGGAAGAAAACGUAAAGGUGCUCCGGGAAAAUUAUUCAAGUAUGGAGCUUUUAUACGAAUAAUCGACGGCGUAAUUUCUAUUGUUUAAAUUUUA